CUUGAGUAGGCCACCCGAGAAGCCUAUCGUCAUGCUUACCUAAGGCAUCCCUAGAUAAUAGCUCUUCAGCUUGGCGGGCUGUCGCUUUCUUCCGUUCGCUCCACACACCUUUUUCUUUAGCAGGUCCUGCGACCUGCGCAGGCCUCUUGUUUUGCUUUCUGUCUGACGUCGAGAACUCGCACUGUUGUCGUUCAUUCGCAAUUCUUUGUACUCCAGGACAUACUAUUGGCAUUUCCCGGCACUGCGCCUCCCGUUCAUUAGGUAUUCGCUUUCGGUAAACCAUGGACCAUAGAUUUCUUCAUAGAUCGGACUCUUCUUAUCAGCGCAGGGCGGGCACCUCCAGUUGCAUCUCCCCGGACCCUACAAGCAAUCUUACGACACGUUUGAACCAGAUGCUCAGUUCUUCUGGGUCUGGUUAUAUCCUUAGUCUCUGUCCGGGUCAACAAUACCCAAUCACGGCGCCUCUUCUCUUCACCUCGCCAAACCAAGAGAUCAGUACUCAAGGAUAUCCCACCGGAAGUGACAGGGCGACUCUGGUCGUCAAUGGACCUGUGUUCAGUAACGGCACUGGCCACAGUACUGCUGUAGACGGGACAUGUGCGAAUUGUGACGGCGUCACGCUACGCAACGUUCAGAUCAAUGGCACAAGGCUUGGCGCACCACCUAUUAAUGGGGGAGCGAACAUCGAGAUGGGUGGUUCCAACGCGAACCAGGUCAUCGAGUACGUUCACUCCUUUGACCCGCGCAGUUGGUCGUGCCUCCACGUUGCCGAGGGAAACCUAAAUUGCACUAAUGCGACCGUCCAAAACAAUGAUAUCGGUCCAGCUGGUUCGGACCUCUUUCAGCAAUGGGCCGACGGUAUUUCGGUUUCCUGUCGCAACAGCCUUGUUAGAAACAACAUGAUUAACAACCCUACCGACGGGGGCAUCGUGUUGUUUGGUUCUCCCGGGACACGUGUGGAAAACAAUACGAUUUGGGUGGAAACGAACACAUUACUGGGUGGUAUUAAUAUGGUUGACUACAAUCCCUUCAGUGGAAAUUACAGUGGCGUGGUCGUGACGAACAACACGAUUGUUGGUGGAUUCGCCGACGGAACACCUUCGGGAUCGCAGACGAAGGGUACGAAUAAUGAAGAUGUCAUCAUCAAAAUUGGGAUUGCCAUUGGGCCACGGACUUGGUUUGGAAACGAGUACGGUAACAACGUGAGCCAAGGAGGGACGGUUCUGGGGAACCAACUUACCGGAGCGUUCAGCUACGGUAUUGCCAUGACGUCUGCAAAGAACUUCACCGUCGAAAAUAACGUUCUCAUUGGGAACACGUCGUUUAUAGGUGCUCGAGGGCCAAACUGUACAGCGAACGAUCCCACGCCCUCUCCGGCCCCUUUUGUCAUCGAUCUGAACACGACAACACAGUCGACCACACAGUCGAACUUUACGCCAGUUGCUGAUGGGGACAGUUUGACCUGUGUGCUUCCCCCUGACGGCGGAGACUACUGGCCAUUUGGGGGAAAUCCCAGCACGUCGUCGUCGUCAACUCCCUCGUCUUCACACUUGAGUACAGGUACCACUGUCGGCAUCAUAUUGGGUUCUAUUGCGGCCGUCAUUGCUGUUGCUGUCUUGGCCUGGUUUGUGCGCAAAUGGGCAGUAAAAAGUGCCGAAGCGAGAAAACUCGUCAAUUCAAAUGGACAAUAUUCUGGAUACGCUCGGAACAAGGAACGAUUCUAGCUCCAAAUUCAAGGCUCUCUGGACAGGCUCUGUGCACCUGUGAUACCCUAUCUCGCAGACAUUCUAUUUAUGCUUCUGGCCUUGCACUGUCGUGUCUUUUGUAGUGAUUUCUGCACGCUAUACUGGCUCCAUUUGACGUCUAUUCUGAUUCAUAUCCUGUACAAUACUCGUCUGCAUACCAUAUUGCGGAUGUAUUAGGUAGCAGGGGAUUUCCUAAUUUAGAAAUGUUACUACAUUUGCUG